ACGAACGGCGGUGAGAAAAGGAGCAUGGUUAGCUACAAAGGGGGUUCACGAGAUAAGACUGUGAUCAAUGAGAUAAUGCUAAGAUUCCGGCCGAUAGCUCCAAAACCGGUCGCCGGAGAGUCAGGUUCCUGUGGGGUUCGGUUUGAUGAUAAAAACUGGUUGCUUUGUAAGCCAAGAGCUAAAAGAAAGUACGUUAGGGUUCGAAAGAAUAAUAUCAAGAGAAAGAAAAGAUCGUCAUCAGAUCAUGGAGAGGCUUCAAAGAAUCCUGAAAAGAUUGUUACCUUGCAGUUAUUACCAGACAAAACUGAAGCAAACGGAUCUAUUAACAAUCAAAACAGUGCAGUUAUGGAGGAAAAUCAAGAUCCACCUUCUUUAUUUAACUUGAACUUCAACAACCGUUGGCGGGUUGAUCGUAUGGGAGGUUUCGAAGAACCUGAUUGGACAGUGGUGAUGAGUCAAAAGAGAAGCGUAACGGUGGUGGAGUCUUGGGUGACGGUGGAGUGCGUGGCAGACAGUUGCAUGGAAGGAAGAGAGCUAGGGAGUACGGACGUGGAAAGAAUGAAGAAUCUGGAGGCUGACACGUGUCCAGGGUUUAUAUCAGAUGGUUUGAAUACGGUUUGGUGGGUUAACGGGGCUUACAAGAGGAUGAUGACGGCGGGGGAAGGGAAUGACGACGGGCUGCUGUCACCACCACCGGAGAUAAUGGUUUGGCUCGUGAUUAAAGAAGAGUUACCUAGGUUUUGCACUGCAUUUUCAUGCAAGGUAAGGUUGCAGUACACGUGGCAGAAGGAGAAGUGUUCGAGAAUGUUGCCGUGUGAUGUCUGGAAACUGGAUGGUGACGGUGGCUUUGCAUGGCGGCUCGACGUCGAGGCUGCUCUCAGUCUCGGCCGUUCAGGAAAAUGAGGAUCAAAGUAGUAAAUAAAGAAAAAAAUGAAGCAAAACAGAAGAAAAAUCAGAUGAGGUGGAGGAUGCUGCUAGAAAGAAUGAA